UGUGUCCAAGGCAGAGAUGUUAACUUUUUUAAAGGUCUUUCCAGGAGUCUGUAGUUCGCAGUUGGACACCAAGCCAUAGCCUCCUGGUGAAAGUGUCAGAUUAACAUCCCUGGGCUAAGGAAUUCAUCAGUCUAACAAAAUUUUAUUAAUUUUGGUGACACAACCUUUGGUUUUUGCUUAACCACAGGCACCUAAAGAUGAAUGAUGUAUCGGGAGCAAAUAGUUAUGGGCAGUUAGGACUUGGAAAUCAAGAUGACCAGCUUCUUCCUCAAAGAGUUUCCCUCCCUGACUUCUGUGAUGGUUCUCCCCCACAGCCAUUGGCCAAUAGGAUCAGAUCAGUGACAGGAGGGGGUGGUCAUUCUGUCAUAAUACAGGAUGAUGGCAGUCUGUUUGUCUGUGGCUCUAACUGUAAAGGUCAGCUUGGAUUAAAUCACUACAAUGAUGUGCCAAUUUUCACAAAAGUAGACUUACCAGAGAUGGUUGAAAAGGUGUCAGCAGGAUGGGACUUUACAGUGAUUCUUUCAGAAAAGGGAGACAUGUUUGUAUGUGGCUCAAAUGAGUUCGGACAGCUGGGUUUUCACCCAGGGGGACUCCCUCAAACCUCAAUACCUAUGAAAGUGCCAUUACCAGCAAAUUAUGGGAAAAUAAUUGACAUUGCUGCAGGGUUGAGGCAUACAGCAGUUUUGACAGCUGAAGGAAAAGUCUACUGUUGGGGGAUUAAAAGAAAAAUCAAGGAUAAAGAUUUACUGACUGAAGCUGUGAAGAAAUCGAUAGAGAUCCCAGUACUAGGUAAAGAAGUGUCUGUUGGAGACAAGUUUGUGAAGCUGUGUGCUGGAUCAUUUCAUACACUAGUUCUCACAGAAAAAGGGAAUCUGUGGAUUUUUGGAACUUUGAAAUAUGGAACAUCCACACAGGAGAGUUUGUCCAAAGGGGAUUCCAUACAAAUAGUUUCCAUUCCCAUCUCAUUGUUUGAUGGUCCUGUUACAAAGUUUACAAGUGGUUGGACACAUUGUCUAGUUGAAUCAGCUAGUGGAAGAAUAUAUUCCUGGGGCAGAGGAAAUUAUGGCCAGCUUGGUAGAUCAUGUGACCAGUCACAUGACAGUAAACCACAACAAAUACAGGAGUUACAUGAUAUAAAAUCAUUAGAAUGUGGCUCUGAGCAUAGCUUAGUCACUACAGAUGAUGGGAGAUUGCUUGCCUGGGGUUGGAAUGAACACGGAAUGUGUGCCACGGGAAAUGAAGACAAUGUACAGACACCCACAUUAGUUAAAGCCCUGUCUGAUUUCUUGUGUGUGGACUGUGGGUCUGGUUCUGGUCACUGUUUUGCUCUAUGUAAAGAUAAAACUUGAUCUAGAAUUUUGACUGAUAUGCCCGUAAUAAAUGUGACAUGAUAUUGUAAAAGGUAUUAAAUUGUCUUUGUGUCCUUGUAAAUAGAUGUAUGAAAUAAAUAUACUGAUGAGAUGCAUUUCCA